CUUCUUCAAGGAGACGCUCAAUAAGCAUCCAAAGGACAGACAUUUCCUGCUAAAAGUGGAAAAGGAUCUAACUGAAUUUGUGCAGGAAAAGAGCCGCGGUGAAUUGCGCUUCCCACCGGCUUCUUCGUACAACCGCAUGUUGAUACAUCGUACAGCGGCCUUCUUUGGCAUGGAGCACAAUGUCGAUACCGAGACACAGCAAUGCGUUAUUGUGGCAGCCACAAAAAACACACGCAUACCCGAGAUUCGCUUCAAAUCGUUGGUGCGCGAUCAUCGCGAGGAUUCACGCAAAUCAAUAUUGAAGCGCGAUACGCACAGCUUCGAUGAGGCACGUCAAAGUAGUUACCUGUGUCCGGAUCGUGGCAGCAUGCUUGAUCGCAAGGCAAAGAGUUUUGAAGAGCGCGAAGAGGACUAUGAACGCGCGCGCAGUCGCAUUUUUAAUCGCAGUCAAAAUGACAGUGGCGAGGCCAUGGACGAUGGCUACAUGAAUGUCAGCUGGACGCAAUCGGUGGAACAGCAACAGCAGCAGCAGCAGCAACAACAACAUCAGCAAAAUCGGCCACGUCCCAAUGGCAAAAUGAUGAAAAUGCAGAAUUCAAAUGAUUCACGCGAUGGCCGUUCUGGCGGCGGCGCUGUACCCAAAGUGCACAACUACAAUAACUACGGAGGCGGACCAUCACAAGGUGGUGGCGGUGGUGGUGGGCCGCCUAUGAUGCGCGGCGACUCGGCAAACUCAAACAAAAACAGUGGUGGUGGUGCGCGUUCAUUUUCUAAACAAGAUUCAGCUGGCAGCACAAAUACACCUUGGCGCUUGUCGCCCUCCAGCAGCGGUUCAAUCUAUCACUUUGACCCAUCCAAUCUGCCACCUAACCAACAGCCAACAUACCAUCCAAAUCAAGGCAACAAUACCGCCAACUACGCACAACAGCAAUCGCCACCACAGCAGCUGCAAGCGCAGCCACAGCAACAACAAACGCUCGAUACCAAUAUAAAAAAGAAUAAAGGUACACAUCAGAUAUCAUCACCAUCACCAGUUGCAUCACCGGCCACAACACCAACACCGAUGCCACAGCAACAAAUUCACUGUAAGAACGUGCCAUGCAAUGAAAGUGUUGUUACCAUUCCGCUAGCUGAAUCUGUAUCUGAAUCCUCUACCCAGACGGUGGCUAUGUGCGGCGAUGUAAACUGCGAUGGAAUUGGCAUGGAAAUGGCAAUGAAUGCCACUGAAGAAGCGUCCACCCAAUUGAGUGCUGACGAGUGCGAUAACACAUCUGCCACUGGUUGUCUGAGCAUUACCACCACAACUUCCACCAAAAGUUAUGAUCGUAUCGAGGUGCAGAAAUUUAAAAAUCAAGCAACUAGCCCUAAUAUUCCAGCUGAAAAGGAGGAUAUGUCAAAGCGUGAAAAUUUAGUAGCAUCUUUAGAUGCCACAAACAUGCAACCAGCAGCAGCAACGCAGCCACCAGCACCACCACCACCACAAAGUCAAACGCCCACAAAUAGUGUCAACGUACCAUUGCAGCAGCGUGAGACACCACAUUCUGCGCGCUCAACACCGUUCAGUACCAGCGAGUCAACAAGUCAACCGAAGAAUCGCGCUUCCGAAGAACCUAAACCCACUACGUGGACAUAUACGCAAAGUUACCAGGCACCAGACGGUUCCACGGUAUUUCAUACCACCACAACACCCAGUGGCACACCAUAUUGCACUACAACAUAUCAGCAGGGGCCUGAUGGUAGCGUUUAUGCCAUUCCACAGGGCAUGGUUUAUGCCUAUCCGCCGCCAGUUGAGGGUGAAGUGCAGAGCUAUUUUAUGCCUGUAUUUGAUCCAAAUCAGCCCCGUACCGAUGCCACCGGUCUCAUACAAGCUGGAGCACAGGCCAUAUAUCCGACUGCAGCUACGGCAGCGGCCGGAAGUACAGCUACAAUGGUACCAGUCGCAGCCGCAUAUCCGACCGCACAAUUUGCCACCGCCAAUGGUACGCCCAUCUACGCUCCUGGUCAAUUGAUAUAUUCGAGCGAUCAAUUUGCAGCAGCAAGUGCGGCGACAGUUGCUGCAGCAGCACCGGCGAAUGGACAACUGCAACAGAUACCGAUGACCACCUAUCCAAUCGGAUAUCCGUAUGCCUAUAAUGGUUACUGGAGCCAACCGAUGACCUACUAUGUGCCACAACAAGCGCUCACCAAUGCAGUUACAGCCACUCCGCUCUUACCAGCACCGCCACAGCCACAACCCCCUACAACAGCAACCGCCCAAUCUGUGGCCGGACCACACAUCACUAGCGGUAUAAAUAUCGCGAAUGGCCUUGUUGCAGCCACACCGGCGGCUGGACCGUCGUCGAACACCACCGUAGGGUCAUUAGGCAGUAGCAGUAGCCAUCUUGGCGGCAUUCAUACAAGUGGAAAUCACGGUGUUGGUGCAUCUGCAUCCACAAACAGCUAUCAGACGCAUAGCGGCACGACGUACUUUGGUACGGGGCGUGUUAAGCGGCCGACUUCCUCGCAUUACGCCAGCCACCAAAACAGCGGCCAUCAACUGGUUACGGCAGCUAUCCCCAGCAACGGCAAUGCAACUACCACAUAUCAAUUAGGACACGCAGUACCCACACUUACAUUGGCGCAUGCACCGGGUGGUGCAGCAGCAGCAGCAGCAGCCGCCGCCGCUGCGGCAGCAGCAGCUGUGAAUACAUCAACUGAUCUCAGCAUUGGCAGCGGAGCAGCUCCAGCCACAACCAUGUAUACGUUGCCUCAACAUGCGGCGCUCCUGCAUGCGAAUAUAUUUCCAUAUGCGCCCGCCGCCGCUGCCGCAGGAGCAGCUGCAGGCAUUGCCGCUGGCACACCACAAGUGCACACACCUGGCGCUCCACCAACGGCGGCAGCACAAUUAGCUGCCACCGGAUUGACUGGCACAGCGGCUCAUGCACAACAAACAAAUGCUGUGAUCACCCCAUUCUAUGCUCAUCACCCGCCCAUGACAGCUGCCACACAUCCCUCACAUGGCAGCACCGUGCAUACGCCCGGGCCGGCUGCCAUACCGAUUGUCGAUCCUAGCACGCUCACGGCCAUCUCGCAUGCAACACCGAGCGGUGCAAGCAGCACGAAUAAUGUAACGCCAGUGUACAGCGGCGGUGGUGGCGGAAGCGCUUCACAAUCGGCGCCCAGCACGCCACACUCUGUACCUAAUCAAACAGCACAGCGCAAUCCGCCACUCUUCUCCACACCGCCUAUUUUGAACUCGAAUGGCGGCAGCAAUAGUGGUGGCUACAGUGGCAGCUCUACACCACAGUAUUACACCGUGACCAGUGGACCAGACGGCAGUACAACGCUUAUGAGCAGCCCACAUGGCAGCUCUUAUGUGCAACACGAUAAACGCAACAACAAUACAAAUAUGGGUGGCAGCAAAAAACCACCGGCGUAUCCAAGCAACUCGCUAAGUCGGCAAAAUUCUACAUCCUAUAAUGGCGCCUCAAAUGGCAAACCGCCUCUACUAAGCGGCAACAAUGAUACGCGCGCUUCUCCCGGCAGCAGCAGCGGCGGCUAUCAGGGCUCACGUCCGCAUAGCAUGAACAAGCGUGGUGGAGGCGAUAAACCGCAGACACCGCUGCUUAGUGGUCCACCUAGCUAUGGCAGCGGUCCAACCGUGUCUGCUAUGAGCAGCAAUAACAAUAGCGGCUAUCACGUGCACCACAACAACUCACCAUCAGAUGCCAAGCCGCCUAUCCGAUUGAAUGCGGGAGCAGCUACCUUCCGGCAAAAGGGUAGCGGCGGAGUGGCUUAUGAAUUUCGACGCAGCGCUUCGCAACGUAACUCGCCAGGUACUGGGAACUCAAGUAGCAACGACAAUAGCAAUAAUACAUCACCGAACAGUAUAGUCGGAUCGAGUGGGGGCGGCGUCGGUGGUGGUGCGAACACACCCAAUUGCUAUGCCACUGGUGGCUAUGUGAACACUGGCAUCGGCAUAGCUGGCGGCACUAUGGUCGCUGGUGGUGGCGAUCAUCAAGCGAUCGCAACAGCAACUGGCACACCAUUGUACAUUGCGCCAGCACGUGGCGCACACAUUCCACCACAACUGCAACACGGUGGUAUGGUGGCGGCCGCCGCUGCUGCUGGCGGCACGGCAGCCGGACUGGCGGGUACACAACAGGCCACCACAGCUGCAGUGUUAGGUGGCGCCGCGGCAGCAGAAGUGGCGAAUGCGGCUGCAGCGGCCGUGGCGGCGACAGUGGCGCAUCAUCAACCGCUUUUGAGCGCUUAUCAGCCAGGUGCAUCGGGCGUUUACAUCAAGUACGGCCAAACGUAUUUUGCACACCCCUCAGUCGCUUUACCGAACAGCCGCCGCUCACCCUCAACAGAGUUGCGACCUGCAAUGGCGCCCGUCGCUGGCAUGUAUCCAACUGUCAAUAUGAUGAUACCAGCUGCUCCACGACAUACGCAAGGGCGUCAUCCGAAUCCCAACUACAAGGGUACGCGGCCACGUUAAAUGCAGCUGUACACUGUCCAGCAGCAGUCACAAAAAAUAUGAAAAAUCAGUGCUAACUGUGUCAAAAUAACACUAAAAAAGCAACUGAACAGGAGGAAUAUGCAAACGAUGACGCUAUACCAAAACCUAAAACUAAGUUUAAGCUAAAAAUACCCUAACCUAGUGAAACAUAUGCGUAGAUAAACAAUAAUUUAAACAAAAGAAGAAACAAAAAAAAAUAACAGAGCAUAUUAGUGAAAACGAAGACAUAAGAGACAACAAUAGAAACAAACGAGUUAGGCGGAAGCAAAGAAAAUAAACAGAAAUAAUCAGAUAACGACAAUUCGUGGCAAAUACCUUACCUACAUACCAUACAUUUAGAGUUAGUUAAGUAACUGCAACAGGACAUAGAAGCGAAAUUUUGAAACACAAAAAAAAAAUAAUAUUUUCCGGACCAUUUUACAGAAAAAAAAAUAUUUGAAAAAGAAAUUAAGAACAUCCACAAUUUUGGCAUUAUACAAGCAGAAUCGACGAAUCAGUUACGAAAAUCAAAUCAACCAAUUGCAUCCAUACAUAUGUAUGUACGUAUGUAGACAGAUAGAAAACCUACCUAAACUCAACAGCAAUAGCCAAUUUGAAAGUACAGCAAUGCAUCAUACAUACAAACUAAGAAUCUUCCACAAGCAUAAAGGUAAAGAAAAUACGAAAAAGGAGCUCUCUCAACAUAUACUGAAAUAUGUCGUGCCAUUGCUGAAAGAUGCAAACAUGUAAACAUACAGCAAACAACAACAAAAAAAAACAACAGAAAAGCAAACGAAUACAAGGUAAACACGAAUCCAUAAAUUAAAAUGACACAAAUAAAAAGAGACUGACUUGAGUUGCAUAUUGGCAAAAAAAAA